AUGAUAGAUUUAUCUAAUUCAAUUGUGGAAUCACAGGCAAAUUUUGCAUUGAAAACGUUAGUUAAACUAUCAAAUGUGAAUGAAUCAUUAGUUGUAUCUCCAUUUUCAUUGACGUUAGCUUUAACGUUAUGUUUUAUUGGUUCUAAAGGAAAAACAAAUAAUGAUAUAAACAAAUUACUAUUUCCAGGAAUUAAUGAAAAUGAAUUUGUCAAUUAUCUACAAACUACCGCUGAUGACAUUAAAGAACUUUCUGAAAGUUAUACAACCGUUUAUUUAGGUAAUAAAAUGUAUCUAAAAAAAAAUUUAAAGAUAAAUAAUGAUUAUAAAGAAAAGAUCAAAAAAUACUUUAAAUCAGAUAUUGAAAAUAUAGAUUUUACUAAUGCUAAUGAUUCUACAAAAAUUAUAAAUGAGUAUAUUUCUAAUUCAACAAAUGGUAGAAUAAAAAAUUUUAUUUCAUCUAAAGAUUUUACAUCAAAAAUUGAUUCAAUAAUAGCAAGUUCAAUUACAUUUCAAAGUUCAUGGAAAGAAAGAUUUAAAAAAAAUUAA